AUGGACCCAAUCAAGUAUGUAUUUGAAAGCUUUGUUCAUGCCAAAGAGGAUAGCAAAAUGGCAGUCAUACUUUCUACAUAUGACAUUGUCUACAUGACUAGAAAGGCAGUGAAAGGAAAAGUGAUUACUGAUCUCCUAGCAGAAAACCCGAUGCAGCAUUAUGAAGCCUUGGAUUUCGAAUUCCCUGAUGAGUAUAUUAAUGAAGUCAGCAGUGAUAACAAAGAACCGAAUGACGUAUGGGAAAUGUAUCUCGAUGGAGCAGUCAAUUUGUCAGGUAAUGGGAUUGCAGUAGUUUUGAUGUCCCCAAAUGGAAAAUACUUCCCAAUAGCUAUCAAGCUAAGGUUCAACUGCACCAACAAUGUUGCAGAAUAUGAAGCCUGUGUGAUAGGUUUACAAGCUGCCAUCAAAAUGAAGAUCAAGAAAUUAAAGGUGUAUGGAGAUCCGACCUUGAUCAUUUACCAAGUUAAAGGGGAAUGGCAAACUAAAGACCCAAAACUAGUCCCGUAUUAA